AUGCCAACACAAAGCCAUGAAAACCCACACAUAACAAAAAUAGCCGUCUUACAAAGGAAACCCAACGCCGAGUAUGCCCUCUCCAUCCUCAAAGAUAUCACCAAACAAGUAUCCUACUUAAUGAAGGAAAAUAAAUUCAAAGUGAGCCAACUAGUAGAAUUUUACCCCAAGGAUAAGCGACUUCUAGGGAUGAAUGUAAACAGAGGUCAAAAGAUCAUGUUGAGGUUGAGAGAUUCAAAUGAUGAAUUCCAAUUCUUAGCAAGAGAAAGUAUAUUGGGGACUAUGUUACAUGAGUUGACUCAUAAUUUAUUUGGACCUCAUGAUAAGAAAUUUUAUGAGAAAUUGGAUGAUUUGUCAGCAAGACAAUGGAUCAUUGAACAACAAGGGUUGUUUGAUACUUUCUUGGGAUCAGGGAAUCGUCUUGGUGGGUCCACUCUCGGUAAUAAUAGGAAUAAUAAUCUAACGGCAGGGAGAAUAAGAGGUAAUGUUGUUGGUAGACCUAUUAGAAACCGGUUCGGUAAAGGUAGAAAGUUGGGAUCUUUGGAGGGACCCAACAAACUUCAAAAAUAUAAAACGCCUAGAGAAAUGGCGGCUAUUGCUGCGGAGAGAAGAUAUAAUGAUGAUAAGUGGUGUGGUGAAAAGAAUAGUGACGAAACGAAACGUGCUUUACAGCCCAGUUCUGAUAGCUUGUAUGAACAAGAUAUUAUAAUAAUCGACGAUGAUGAUGAUGAUGAUGAUGAAGGAAAUCUAAUAUCGAGAGGUAUCGCAAGUACGAAACAUAAACAUAGGGACAAAAAAUCCAUCGAAGGAAACAGCAAUAAGGAGAAGGAUAUAGAAAUCAUUGACUUGACAUGA